UAAAAAAUCUUAUAAGCUAGUCAUACCAUUUGAUUAUAUUGACAAUUUUAAAAAACUGAUCAUACUAUGAUCAUAGUAUGAUGGCGGUUGAGCAAGUAUGCCCCCAUCGUCUAGUGGUUCAGGACAUCUCUCUUUCAAGGAGGCAGCGGGGAUUCGACUUCCCCUGGGGGUAGGGUACUACGAAAGGAAGUUGAUCAUGGAUUAUCCAUAAAGUUCGAAUAGAUUCUUCCUGGGUCGAUGCCCGAGCGGUUAAUGGGGACGGACUGUAAAUUCGUUGGCAAUAUGUCUACGCUGGUUCAAAUCCAGCUCGGCCCAAUAAUUCGCUGUCUACAUAACCUUUUUUGUUUUGCAUAAUUGACAGAGAAGGGUAAGAAAAAAGUCAAAUAUCUGGGUAUAUUUCGACUUUACUUUUUUCUUUAUUUCUUGUGGCUCGUUACUUUUUGUUUCCAUAAAAAAUUACAAUAAAAAAUAGAUUAUCAAUCGAUUUUAGAAUAAUGCAAGGAUUACUAGUAAUCGGCCUUGAUAUCACUUUAGUGAUAUCCAUAUAGAUAUCAAUAUAUUACUUGUGAUUUUCUUUGUUACAAAACACUAAUUUGAAUCUAAAAUUGAAAUGAUUAUGAUGAAAUCAUAAGAAGGAAUAUGUAAGCUACCCGCUUUAUUUCCAUGGGAUUGUAGUUCAAUUGGUCAGAGCACCGCCCUGUCAAGGCGGAAGCUGCGGGUUCGAGCCCCGUCAGUCCCGGCGGAUUCAAUUAAAAAAAAAGACAUAAACUCCCCUUUUUGUUUCUGGGCAAGGGGAUCAAAAUGGUUUCGGUUAUCUUUUUGUUUUAUUUUUCUUUUUUCAUCAAGCAAAAGAAAGGGGUAUUUCUUUUGCACCAAUUUAAAGACAUAUGUAAAUUAGUAUAAUUAUAAUUAUUGAGAGCAUUCACCACUUCAAGAACGAGAUACUGUAUGGGGUUUCCUCUUUUUGUCAAUUAAUCUCCCAUUAACUCGUGUAGGAAAAUAAAAUAGGAUAGCGUAUAAUACGUUUGCCAAGAGUACCUAUAUAUACUUUUGUUUCUAUGAAGUCAAGGAAGUGAAAAUAGUUCGAAUCCAACCAAGUAAAGAGGAUGUUUCAAAAAAAAAGAUCAAAUUAGUCUUCCCUAAUGAAUAUGCUCUUUUUAAAGAUUAGAGUCGAUGUCGAAGAAAAACUCGUAAGAAAAUUUAAUAUAGUUAAUUUUUUGGAAUAUUUUCGUUUUUUUUUUUCGGGACUCGUCUUUAUCACAUUUCCUUUGUUUUACAAAAAGAUCAUAGACCCUUACAAAAACAAAAUUUUGAAAAUUUCAAAUUGAAAUUUCGUACUUGUUUUCUCUAUUUGAUUUCUAUUGUUUAUUUAAGGUUCUUUAGAAACUCUUUUUAUAAACAAUCGAAGUAUAAAAGGUUUUUUAUGAUAUUUCAUCAGAUGAUUGUACAAGGAAAGUACUAGGUUGUAGAAAAGAAAGCGGUGAAAAAGAAUCAUAAAUAAAUAGUUUUUUAUUGGAUCAGGAAUCUCAUUAUGUAUUCGGUGUGGAUAAAAGAUCUUCCUAUGUUAUACUAUUAAAUUCUUGACGAUGAAUCGAUUUUAUAGCUCCGAUAUUGUUAUUCAUGAUAUUUCUUUCAUUCGAUAUCAUCGAAAUCUAAUUCAUCUGAGUGAGUUUACAAGCGAAAGAUUUCUCAUCUCUAUGGGAUUAAAUCCCGAGAUAUUCCAAAGAAAAAAAAUAAAUAAUAAACGAUUUAAUUAUGGAAGUCAAUAUUCUUGCAUUUAUUGCUACUGCACUCUUCAUUCUCGUUCCUACUGCUUUUUUGCUUAUAAUUUACGUAAAAACGGUUAGUCAAAAUAAUUAAUUUGAAUACAAUUUGACUAUCAAUGACAAAAAAGGAUGUCAAUUUCUCGUCUUAAAUGAAAGGAAUGCAUUAGAUUCAGUAGUAUCCUAAGGGGCCCGCUAGUAUGGUAGAAAGAGAUCUCUUUCUACCAUACUAGCCAUUAUGGUUAUUGUAAUGUAUAAAGAUACAAGUGAAAUAUCUUAAUAUAAAGGAAUCCACCCAUAUCUCUCUUUUUCUUUAUAAAUGUAAAUAUAAAUUAAUAUAGAAUAUGAAAUCUAUGUACAUACUUUCUCAAUUUCAUUUGUUUGUUUGAUCCAUUUAAUACGGAUAAUCCGAAUUCGAUGGAAACCUCUUGAGAUUUCGAAAGGGGGUUAUCCCAUGAAUGGUUAACGGUAUAAACUCUGAUAUCAAAAAAUAAAAUGAGUCAAUAAAACAAAACAUAAAUCCAAUUUCUAAAAAAAGAUCUUAAAAAAAAUUGCCGGCCGGUCUAGAAAACUAAAACAAUUGAUACAGGUUGAUAGAGUUUGAUUAUUAUCGCAAUUAGGAGUACUUCUAGAGUCCACUUCUUCCCCACACUACGAGAGAGAGGGAAAAUGUAAAAACUACCAUUAAACCAGCCCAUGCGAGACUUACUAUAUCCAUGUGAAUUCUGUCCCCUAUGAAUAUGAAGAAACUUUUCCAUUAUUGUUCACUAAUAAUAGUGAAAUCACUGGUGCAGAGUCAAAAAAAGGGAGAGAUAUUUGGUCACCAUUGAUGAACUACUCCAAAAAAUCCACUUAUCUUAUACUGAGUUAUUCUUAAUUAUAGAAUUUCUAGUAGAAUCGACAAGAUGUAAACACAAGUAAACAGAUACUUUUCGAAGUAUCCAAAAAAUCUGACUCAUAUGUAGAAAGAAUAAUCUUUUUUCUUUCUUUUAUCGUUUUUUAUUUUUAUUUGAAGUAAAACGAAAGGCAAUUCUUCAUCUAAUCUAAUAUUGAUUGAAUGUCUGAGCAUUCCGACACUUUCAUGAGUCUAUAUCCAAAGUAUCUUAGAUCCUUUCCAAAACUAUUAAUUUAAUUCCCUCUCUGCCUAUCCAAUCUAAUGGAUUUCCCUCCACUCGUUUUAGUUUUCCUCUAAUCUGAUAGGUAAAACUUUAGGUUAGAGAAUAGAACCUCGAGAGCCAGGGGCUUAGAAUCACGAAAAGAAAGUAUCAAGAGUCUUUUCCUACGUUUGUUAUAGUUUUAUAACAGGAGAUUUCAAGUCUCCUGUUGAGGCGGCACCCGGAUUUGAACUGGGGAAAAAGGAUUUGCAGUCCCCCGCCUUACCACUCGGCCAUGCCGCCAAAAUGAUUUGUACUAGAUUCAAAUUUUCUCUUGUUUUUUUUUCAACUCCGAAAAAAAUAUAGAUUUUCAGUCACAAAAUAUAGAAUCUAGUACAAAUCAGAACCAUUAACUAUUGACUGUAAAUUCAUGACCUUUUUUGAAUUCAAAUUUACAUUUUUUAUUUCUAAUAAUAUAAGAUAAGAAAAUCAUUAGAAAUAGAUUUAUAACUAAUCUAUUUUGAGUUUUUUCAAUUAAAAAGAAAUCUUCUUCCAUUUGAAUUAUAACACUAAUAAUGAGUAUAUGUAAACCCCAGAAUCAGAACAUACGUUACCUUGUAUAGCUCUAUAAUGGGGUAUUUUAUCUCUCUAGGGAUGCUUUUGAGGAGUAAUUCUCAAUAAAUUUUUGUAUUGAAAUUUUUCAUUGAAUACAUUGAAAAAAAUUUUUAAUUUUUGGUAGAGCACAGCAUGUGCUGUUCCAAAUAGAACUGUACCACAAUAAAAGAAGAAAAAGAGACAUAUAUAUAUACCUGUGCAUUCUUUUUUAUUUUAAUAAUAAUUAAAAUUAAUAAAUAAAAAAACAUACGUUUUCUUACCUACUUCAAUUCAAUGAUAUUCUAAAUAUUCUAUUCAAAAUAGGUAAAAAUCCAUCUUUUUUCUGCAACUAUUUUUUUGAACAAUGAAAUACAAAUACAUGAAAAAGUAAAGUGUUUAAAAAAAAGUUUUCUAUUUCUUAUAUGUUUAUCUGCUCGAACAGAUCCUAUCAUGAAUACCGUUUUUUAUGGUAUGCGAUCGAAUUGGAAUAUGUAAUAUCAUAGGUGAAAAUGAAAUUACUUUUUUUCUAGUCGUUACAAAACUCCAUAAGUUCCAGCGGUAUUUCUAAAUUCUGUUCCAUUCGGAUCUCUUUCUUAUAAAAAAAAUUCCAAUUGAAUCUAGUCUCCGUUCAUACGGAUUUCAUACAUUCCAUAUAUCUUGGAGUUGGAUAAAAUUUCAUGUGAUUCAGUAAACAGAAUAGAAAUUCCAUUAUUGCUAGAUCGAAUUCUAUCUAUAUGAUUCGGUGAAGAAUGAGAUAUGGGAUUUUUAAAAUAAACGGAUAAAUGAUAAAUUCAAAAAAGAUGCUCGGGGAUGGAAAAGAGGGAACAUCUACAAUACCCGGAUUUAAUCAGAUACAAUUUGAAGGGUUUUAUCGGUUUAUUGAUCAGGGUUUAAUAGAAGAACUUUCGCAAUUUCCAAAAAUUGAAGAUAUAGAUCACGAAAUUGAAUUUCAAUUAUUUGUGGAAACAUAUCAAUUGGUAGAACCUCUGAUAAAAGAACGAGAUGCUGUCUAUGAAUUACUUACAUAUUCUUCUGAAUUAUAUGUAUCCGCGGGAUUAAUUUGGAAAACCAAUAGGAAUAUGCAAGAACAAAGAAUUUUUAUUGGAAACAUUCCUUUAAUGAAUUCCCUUGGAACUUCUAUAGUAAACGGAAUAUACCGAGUUGUGAUCAAUCAAAUAUUACAAAGUCCUGGUAUCUAUUACCAGUCAGAAUUGGAUCAUAACGGGAUUUCGGUCUAUACCGGCACCAUAAUAUCAGAUUGGGGGGGCAGGCUAGAAUUAGAGAUUGAUAAAAAAGCAAGAAUAUGGGCUCGUGUGAGUAGGAAACAGAAAAUAUCUAUUCUAGUUCUAUCAUCAGCUAUGGGUUCGAAUCUAAGAGAAAUUCUAGAGAAUGUUUGCUACCCUGAAAUUUUCUUAUCUUUCUUAACCGAUAAGGAGAAAAAAAAAAUUGGGUCAAAAGAAAAUGCUAUUUUGGAGUUUUAUCAACAAUUUUCUUGUGUAGGUGGGGAUCCAAUAUUUUCUGAAUCCUUAUGUAAGGAAUUACAAAAAAAAUUCUUUCACCAAAGGUGUGAAUUGGGGAGGAUUGGUCGCCGAAAUAUUAACUGGAGACUUAAUCUUAAUAUACCUCAGAACAAUAUAUUUUUGUUACCACGAGAUAUAUUAGCAGCUGCCGAUCAUUUGAUUGGGAUGAAAUUUGGAAUGGGUACACUUGAUGAUAUGAAUCAUUUGAAAAAUAAACGUAUUCGCUCUGUAGCGGAUCUUUUACAAGACCAGCUCGGGUUGGCUCUGGCUCGUUUAGAAAAUGUAGUUAAGGGAACUAUAGGCGGAGCAAUUAGGCAUAAAUUGAUACCUACUCCUCAGAAUUUGGUAACUUCAACUCCGUUAACAACUACUUAUGAAUCCUUUUUCGGAUUACAUCCAUUAUCUCAAGUUUUGGAUCGCACUAAUCCAUUGACACAAAUCGUUCAUGGGAGAAAGUUGAGUUAUUUGGGCCCUGGCGGAUUAACAGGGCGAACUGCUAAUUUUCGAAUACGAGAUAUCCAUCCUAGUCACUACGGGCGUAUUUGCCCCAUUGACACGUCUGAAGGAAUCAAUGUGGGACUUAUUGGAUCUUUAUCAAUUCAUGCCAGGAUUGGUGAUUGGGGGUCGUUAGAAAGUCCGUUUUAUGAACUCGUUGAGAAAUCAAAAAAGGCGCGGAUACGGAUGCUUUUUUUAUCACCAAGUCAAGAUGAAUAUUAUAUGAUAGCGGCAGGAAAUUCUUUGGCUCUUAAUCGGGGCAUUCAAGAAGAACAGGCUGUACCAGCUCGAUACCGCCAAGAAUUUUGACUAUCGCAUGGGAAGAGGUUCAUCUUCGAAGCAUUUUUCCUUUCCAAUAUUUUUCCAUUGGAGCUUCCCUAAUUCCUUUUAUCGAACAUAAUGAUGCGAAUCGAGCUUUAAUGAGUUCUAAUAUGCAACGUCAAGCAGUUCCACUUUCUCGGUCCGAAAAGUGCAUUGUUGGAACUGGAUUGGAACGCCAAGUGGCUUUAGAUUCGGGGGUUCCCGCUAUAGCCGAACACGAGGGAAAAAUCCUUUAUACUGACACUGAGAAGAUAAUUUUAUCGGGAAAUGAGAAUACUUUAAGUAUUCCAUUAAUUAUGUAUCAACGCUCAAA